AUGGCCUUCGCCAGGGCCCCGCUGCGCCGCUUCAACGAGCCCGCGGUAUAUACUCCCCUGCGAGCAUCCUGUGAUGUUAAAACUUCAGAUGCACUGAAAAGUUCUGUGUCCUCUGCAACACGUCGGCGGGUUAGGAAACAUAACAGUGAGACAAGUCUCAGCAGUGAGAAGACUGCACCUACUCCUGUGGCUGGAAGGAGACUGGCAUCUCUCGGAUCAACACCAGCUAAUGGGUAUCUGAAGCCUAAAAAAGAUAUUAUCCUUAUGAAAGAGAAAAAGAAACAGAAGGCACUGGAAAAGGAGAUUCGUGCAUUAGUGCAAGAGCGUGGAGAGCAGGAUAAAAAGCUUCAAGCUUUGGAUGAGGACCUUGUGAAGACAGAAGCAAAGCUGAAUGCUGCAGUUCAGGAAAAAACCUCUCUCUUGGCAAAUGUUGCUUGCCUAAAAAAACAGCUUCUGGAACUAACAAGAACCAAUGAAUUACUCAAGUCAAAGCUGUCUGAAGAUGGUGUGCAGAAGAAAAUGAGCAGCCUGUGCAUGGAGUUAAUGAAGCUCAGAAACAAGAGGGAUGCUAGAGAAAAGACUGCACUUGCAAAGCAGGAAAACAUGGAAAUGAAGCUGCAGGAAGUACAAAGGAAUCUAGAGCAUUCAAAAGGAAAAGUUGCACAAUUAGAAGAAAAACUAUCUGCUUCUGAGAGAGAGAAAGUUGAAGAAAAGUCUGACACCGAAAAACUCCUGGAAUAUAUCACAGAGCUCAGCACUGUUGCAGAUACAGUUGAGAAAUACAAACUAGAUGUUGCCCAGAUGGAGGAGACACUCAGAAAGAAAGACCAAGAUAUCAGGAUCCUGACUGAGAAGCUCAAAACAAAAGAGGAAGAAUCACUUCAACUGAUACAAGAACUUAAUGAAAAGUGUCAAUUGCUUGAACAAGAAAAAGAGAAAGAAUUGUCUGAGAGCAGAGGAAAAUUCCUGAGUAUGAAUGCUGAAUUAGAUGACCUGAAAAAAAGAAUUAGCUUGGAAGAACAAAAGCACCAAACACUACUUCAGAAACAUGAAGAGAUGGUGUCUCAGCUGCAGCAAGAGAAGGAGUCAUCUGCAUCCAUGAACCAGAAGUUACAAGAGUUUCAAGAUGAGGUGACACGUGAGAGACACUUUCUUGAAGAAGAGCUGAAUGAUACAAUGAAUGAGCUGAAUCAAUUACAUGCUAAGGAGAAGAAAGCUGAGAAGCUGGUGAAGCGAUUGGAACAAGAAAUCAAAUCUCAAGCUCUUGAACUUCAACAGAUGGAAGAAGAGCUGAAAGGGAAGAAUGCAGAGUUGGAGCAAAUCAAGGAAAUGCACAGUAAUGCUGUUUUGCAAAUCCAAGAACAGCACAGCAAUACAUUGUGUAAACUGGGAGAGACUGUUGCUGAGUUUGAAAGGUACAAAAAGACCAUAUCUGAAGAAAUACACAGUCUUAAACUGGAGAAGACCUCUCUGCAAGAAGAAGUUGCCAACCUAAAAAAAACAGGCGAAGAUAAUCUAAAGCUGCUUCAGGAAGCGGAACACACGAAAAAUAAGGCAAAAGAAGAAUGUGCAAGGAUGCUUCUAGAACUCCAGACAAAGCUUGCACUAAAAGAAGCAGAAAUAGAGAGAACAAAAGAGUCUUAUUUUGCUCAAGUGACUAAACUUCAGGAAGAACUUGAAGAGCAAACUGAACAUCUGAAAAGAGAACUCAAAGUGGAAAGAUCAAGGAAAACCAUAGAUGAAGAUGUCACCUCCAGCUUGAAAGAAGAGAUAAAGACCUGGCGUAAUCUAUAUGAAGAUUUGCAUAAUAAAGCUAAACCUUUUCAGCAACAACUAGAUGCAUUUGAAGCCGAGAAAAAUGCACUUUUAAAUGAGCAUGGUGCAGCCCAAGAGGAACUGAAUAAACUGAGUGAUGCAUAUGCUAAACUACUUGGCCACCAGAACCAGAAGCAAAAAAUCAAGCAUGUAAUGAAGUUGAAGGAAGAGAAUACACACCUGAAGCAGGAUGUCUCCAAACUGCGUGCACUGCUAGCAAAAGAGAAGGCAAGCAGCAGAGACCUUCAGGAGCAGCUAUAUUCCAUUCAGGGCAUUAGGCGUUUUGAUCCUACCAAAGCUUUCCAGCAUGAUAGCAAGGAAAAUAUUCCUCCAAAAACUCCUUUAAAAGAAGACUUGAAUUUUGGCAAGGUGGAGAUGGGUUUAACGGCAUCUAAAAUGAAUAUUUUAGCAAAAUAA